AUGGCAGAUUCCCAAGUUGUUAACAUUGUGAACGAAAUUUUGCGAGUUGAAACCGUAGAAGAAGCAUUUAGUUGCUUUUUAGUACACAAACCAGAGCAAGAAAAUGAGAGGUUAUCUAUAUACCAAAAACGAUUAUCCGCCGUAAUGAGUACCCCAAGUGCAGAUAUUCAGGAAUCUGCAAUUCGCCAGUAUUUGACUCUAACAGCGGUUCUGACUAAUAGGCAUAAAAUGAAACAAUUAUUGGGCCUUUUAGAAAAUUUAGUAAAUACUAAUGUUCUUCAAGCAAGAAUGUUGUGUGACUGUAUAUUAACAAGUGAGAAGCUUGUAUAUAAAAACAGUGACUAUUGGAUUGAAUGCUUUAAUUUAAUUAGAAGAAUUAUAGGUGGUGUUGAUUACAAGGGUGUUAGAGAAAUAAUGAAGGGAUGUAGAGAAAAAUCACAAACAUUACCAGUGAGGCUCAAUUCCAGUACUAUGCCACAAAUGAAAGCUUUAUAUAAUGUUAUUGAAUACAUUUUUGACCGCAAUGCAUCGUUAUUACCAGCCUACUUCAUUGUCACUGAAAUUCAAAAGGACUAUCCUGAUAACCAUCACUGGCCACACUGGCAAUUAGCAAAACUCCUUACAACAUUUGUGGAAAGUUUUAAGCCAUGUGCUCAAAUGGUGUCUAUAAUAGGUCACUCACAAAUGUUGCCUGUAGUUGAGUUCUCAGGAUAUGCGGAUCAUCUUGUCAAUCCUUGGAGACUAGAUCCUACAACAUUGAAGUUUUCACUAAAAGGAAAUUUGCCAUACGAUGAUGAAUUAUUGAAACCACAAAUAGCUUUAUUAAGACACGUUUUACAGCAACCUUAUUCCAGAGAUAUGAUGUGUUCAAUGUUAGGUCUGCAGAAACAGCACAAGCAACGUUGUAUCGCGUUAGAAGACCAACUAGUUGAAUUAAUGAUACUUCCAAUGGAGAAAAGUGAACAAGAAAAUGAAGAUGACGAAAUGUCCUCUACACACUGGUGCUGGCUGCAUUUAUCAUCACAAGUGAUUUAUUUAAUACUCAUAGGUUUCGCAUCUUUUCCUAACAUUGUAAUGGGCCUUCAUAACAAAUUAAUCGGCCACGACCUAAAGAAAGGCCGAGACCAUCUUAUGUGGGUUCUUUUGCAAUUCAUAUCUGGCAGUAUUCAAAGGAAUCCACUAUCUAAUUUCUUGCCAAUUAUUAAGCUACACGAACUAUUAUAUCCCGAAAAGGAACCUUUGCCAGCUCCUGAUUGGACGAAAGCGCAUUGCACGCAUCAAAUGGCGGUAGUUUGCAUUUGGAUGCAUUUGUUAAAGAAAGCUGAAUCUGAGCAUAAAACUAUGACGAUGCCACAAAAUCUCAAAGCUCAAUAUGAACUCCUUCAACAUCUGAUGACAUCAAAUAACACACCGACAUUGAUGGGAUCCGACUACAGGAUAGCAUUACUAUGUAACGCAUAUUCCACAAACCAAGAGUAUUAUUCUCGGCCUAUGGGUAUUAUGAUUGAAACAUUAUUUGGAAGUCAGAAAGCUAUGCCCAAUGGUAACCCAGCAACGCCAUUGCCAACCGCCCCUCUCUCUAUGUGUAUAUUGGAUAGCCUCACGUUGCACUGUAAAAUGUCUCUCAUACACUCUAUUGUGACACAUGUGGCAAAAUUAGCGCAGAACAAAACAAACAUCCCCGGCAGUAAUAUGAUGGCACCUGCCCUUGUUGAAACCUAUAGCCGAUUGUUGGUUUAUACAGAAAUUGAAUCUUUAGGCAUUAAAGGUUUUAUAAAUCAGCUUUUGCCCAACGUGUUCAAGUCCCAUGCGUGGGGUAUUCUCCACAACCUGCUGGAUAUGUUCUCGUACCGCAUACACCACAUACAGCCGCACUACAGGGUGACCCUGCUCUCAAACAUACACUCCUUGGCUGCCUACCCACAAGCGAAUCAGACACAAUUGCAAUUAUGUUUUGAAAGCACUGCACUCAGACUGAUAACUAGUUUGGGUAGUUCAGGCGUUCAAUUGCAAAUGUCUCGUGUAGUCUCAGAGCCUAAGUCCCUCGUGUCAAGCGAAAGUGAAGAAUUAAAUAGAGUGCUAGUUCUGACUCUAGCUAAAGGGAUUUAUAUGACUGGAGCGGCAGGUAACGACGGGGCGGCGGUGAAGGAGUUGCUGACAACGAUAAUGACGAACACACCGCACCUGUGGUCGCAGCACACGCUGCAGUGCUUUCCGCCGGUGCUCGUCGAGUUCUUCUCGCAGAAUUUGGCACCGAAAGAGAACAAACAGCUGUUAAAGAAGUCAGUAGAAGAAGAAUAUCGCAAAUGGACGUCGAUGGCGAAUGACAACGAUAUCAUAACACACUUCUCAGUGCCCGGCACUCCUUUAUUCCUAUGCUUAUUAUGGAAAAUGAUAUUUGAGACGAACCGAAUCAAUCCUAUUGCUUUCAAGAUUUUAGAGCGUAUAGGGGCUCGAGCCCUCUCCGCUCACUUGCGUAAAUUCUGCGACUACCUGGUGUUCGAAGUAACGAACCCGGCGGGCGGGCCGCAUAUAAACAAGUGUGUGGACGCGAUCAACGACAUUAUCUGGAAAUACAACAUUGUCACCAUCGACAGACUUGUUUUGUGUCUCGUCCUGCGUCCAAAUCCAGAUGGCAAUGAGAGCCAAGUGUGUCUCUACAUCAUACAACUUUUGUUGCUGAAGGGCUCUGAACUGAGAAAUAGGGCUCAAGAUUUCGUCAAAGAGAACUCGCCCGAGCAUUGGAAACAAAACAACUGGUACGACAGACAUUCAGCGUUUCAUCGUAAAUAUCCAGAAAAGUUUGCGCCAGAAGAGACCAGCGGUGCUUACGGCGCGCCCAUACCGGUAUACCUAAGUAAUGUAUGUCUGAGAUUCAUACCCGUAAUGGACAUAGUCGUUCACAGAUAUUUAGAAAUACCACAAGUGAGCAAGAAUUUAGAACAACUGUUAGAACAUUUGGGUUAUUUGUACAAGUUUCAUGACCGUCCAGUGACUUUUCUAUACAACACUCUCCAUUAUUAUGAAUCAAAAUUACGAGACAAGCCUUUGUUAAAACGUAAACUAGUGAACGCGGUGCUCGGCUCUUUGAAAGAUGUGAGACCAAACGGAUGGGCCACAACUGAAGCGUUCCAAAGCUAUUUGGCGAAGAGUGAUGUGGAUGCUACCUGGACCCCCGACUUGAAUUAUUAUUUGAGUCUCAUUAACCGAAUGGUUGAUACAAUGGUAGGCACAUCUCACUUCCCGAAUACAGAUUGGCGUUUCAACGAAUAUCCGAAUCCUUCCGCUCAUUGCCUAUACGUUACUUGCGUAGAACUAAUGUCUUUACCAGUAACACCGAACAUUGUCGGUAACAAUCUCUUAGACGUCGUCACUAAAGGCUUCGUAGUGAUACCUGCAACGAAAAUUCAACUUUGGAUCAACGCAAUAGGGAUCAUAAUGGCAUCCCUUCCCGAUCCGUACUGGACGGUUAUACACGACCGUAUUCUGGAACUAAUAACCCAUACUGACAUGAUCGAAUGGUCCUACCAAUAUACGCCUUUCCAACUGUUCAGUUUGACGACGACUAAUGACGCCAUGUUGGAGAAUAAGUAUAGUUUAACAUUGGCGUUAGCGCAUGCUGUGUGGUAUCAUGCCGGCGCUGGGCAGAUAAUGCAAGUUCCUACGUUUGUCAAAGAGAAAAUAUCACCAGAAAUCCGUACAGAGGUACAACUUAUUUUCCUAUGCCAUCUCGUGGGUCCUUAUUUGCAGAGAUUCCACUCAGAUUUGUCGAGGGCCGUAAUGGAUAUAACAAUAGUGCUAUAUGAGUUGUUGGCGCACAUCGACAAGUCACAACCCCACCUGCAGUAUAUAGACCCUAUAUGCGACUUGCUCUAUCAUAUCAAGUACAUGUUCGUCGGAGACACUAUGAAGAAUGAAGUGGAAAGUGUUAUAAGGAAGCUUCGACCCGCCCUACAAAUGCGUCUUCGUUUCAUCACACAUCUGAAUGUGGAACAAAUAAACACUGCC